UGAUUAGUGGCGGCUUCACCUUAUAGUGAUAUAAGGAAUAAAAUUAAUUUCGCUAUAUGCUGGAACGAUUUAAAGCAAUAUAGUACAUUGAAAUGUAAAAAUCUAUAUUGUUAUAUCCAAUCAGCAGGCAAUUUGUCACUUGAUUUACUUCCCCGAAAAUUAAUAUGUAAAUAUAUACAAAGCGCCUCAGAGACUACACGCGAAAUAUCUUUUAAUUUAUAUGAUUUUCAUAAAUAUAACCAAAUUUUAACUAAUAAAAAUGAUUUAUUAUAUAAAAAUAUAAACUCUAUACCUGAUGAUUUCUUAAUAUGGUUAAUAGGAUUUAUAGAAGGAGAUGGAGCUAUCCAAACCUACUCUGACAAAUUUAAGUUUGUAUUAACUCAAAAAGAAUCUAAUGUAUUAUAUCUAAUACAAAAUAUAUUAGGUAUAGGUAAAGUAGUACAUUAUCCUCAAGGUAAAUAUAAUAAUAAAAAUGAUUUCUAUAGAUUAAUAGUUACUAAAAAUUCACAUAUAUUGUUAUUAACAUAUUUAUUAAAUGGUAAUUUAGCUAUAAAUUCUAGAAUAAAUCAAUUAUCACAUUGAAUUAAUCUAUUAAAUAUUAAAUCAAUAAUUAAAUUAAAUAAUAAAAAUAUUAAAUUAAUUAAUAAACCAGUAGAUAUUUCAUUAAAUGAUCCUUGAUUAUCAGGAUUUACUGAUGCUGAAGGUUGUUUCAAUAUAUCAAUUGAAAAUAAUAGAAGAUAUUCUUCUAAUCAGAGAAUUAAACUUAGAUAUUUAUUAGAUCAAAAAGAUGAAAUAAUAUUGAAUAAAAUUAAAAAUUUAUUUAGUUUAGGUAAAGUAACCCUUAGAAAUAAUACUAAUGGUGUAUAUAGAUAUACUAUUACAGGAUUAAAAGGAAAUUAUAAAAUAAUAUCUUAUUUUAAUAAAUAUCCUUUAUAUACUAAAAAAUCUAUAUCAUAUAAUAGUUAUAAUAAAGUCUAUAAUAUGUUAAUAAAUAAAGAACAUUUAACAGAAGAAGGAUUAAUGAAGAUUAGAAGAAUAAAAACUAAUAUGAGUAUAAAUAAUAGUUUAACAACUAAAACAGGUAGAAAAUCCUAUAAAUUAAAAGAUAAAGAUAUAGUCCGAUACUUUUAUUUUAAAUAG